AUGCCGUCAGCAACUUCAAUUAUCGGCCUCCUCAUAGCCCUGGCGGCUCUAUUCCGUGUCUUGAAGAUUGGUAGCCGCCCGAAAAAUUACCCUCCUGGCCCUCCAACGCUGCCGAUCAUUGGAAAUAUCCAUCAGAUGCCAACUCGAGAUGCUCAUUUACAGUUCCAGAGGUGGGCAGAGGAGUAUGGACCCAUUUACAGCUUAAUUCUGGGCACAAAGACGCUGGUCGUACUGUCAACUGACGAGGCUGUGAAAGACCUCCUUGACAAGCGGAGUAACAUCUACUCUCAUCGACAAGACAUGUACAUUGGGCAGGAAUUGUGCAGUGGUGGUCUCAGGCUACUCAUGAUGGGAUAUGGUCCAAGAUGGCGAAAGUUUCGGAAAAUGAUACAUGGUUUGUUGAACGUGGUGAUCUCAAAAAAGUAUCUGCCAUAUCAGAUACUCGAAAAUCAGCAGAUGCUGUAUGAGUUUUUGACCGAGCCGAAUGACUUCCUUCAACACAUCCAGCGCUACUCUAACGCACUCACUACAACAAUUGUCUAUGGCUGGCGCACACCUACCCAUAGCGACCCAAAGCUUUUGCAACUAUUCGAAGGUGUUGCGGAAUUUACAAUCAUGGCUCAAACUGGAACGGCCGCCAUUAUUGAUUCCUUCCCUUUCCUGCGCUUUCUUCCCGAGUUCCUAAUACCAGCCCAGAGGAAGGCGAAGGAGCACCAUAAGCGUGAAAAGAAACUCUAUCUGGGUCAUUGGUUAAAUGCCAAACAAGGAAAAGAUGAAGGCACUAUCGGGUCGUGCUUCUGUACAGGAAUGUAUGAUGCGCAGUUGAAUGAUGACUUUUCCGAUGACCAGGCAGCCUAUAUCGCAGGAACCUUGCUUGAGGCCGGCUCGGAAACCACAUCGAGUACUUUGUACGCGUUUGUACAGGCCAUGCUACUAUUUCCCGACGUGCAGAAAAGAGCCCAACGCGAGAUUGACUCUGUCGUCAGCUCGGAGAGACUACCGACCAUGGAUGAUCUACCUGAUUUGCAGUAUAUCCGAGGUUGCAUGAAAGAAACACUUCGCUGGAUGCCAACAGCUAUUGCUGGUGGGGGUGCAGGAGUUCUGAACAACGUAUGGGCCAUCCAUAUGGAUCCACAGCGACACCCAUCACCCCGAACAUUCGAUCCCGAUCGGUACAAAGAUGAUUAUCAAAGUCUCAGCGACGCGGCCGCAAAUAACGAUGCUGCCAAAAGGGAUGCAUUUACCUUUGGAGCUGGUCGUCGAAUUUGCCCCGGAAUCCAUGUUGCAGAGCGCAGUCUCUUUCUUGCGAUGUCUCGCAUUCUAUGGGCUUUCAAUAUUGAGCCGGUACUUGAUGAUAAUGGCAAGCCUGUUCUACCUGAUCCAGAUCUCUUGACUCAAGGGUUUGUCUGUAUGCCGGAGGAGUUUCCUGCCAAAAUUACCCCUAGAUCUCAGGAAAGAGCGGAUCUCGUCACUAAAGAAUGGAAAGAGGCGGAGAAACAAAAUCUUGAUCCGGAGACUAAGCAGUGGCUUGGGUCGCCGAUCGAUAAUUAG